AUGACGAGCAAACUACCUGUGUCCGUAACUCGCGCUGCGGUGCAGGAAAUGUUGCGCGAGUCAAGGGAGGAGCGCAAGAGAAACUUUGUCGAAACGGUUGAGCUUCAGGUUGGUCUGAAAAACUAUGAUCCACAGAAAGACAAGCGUUUCUCUGGCUCCGUCAAGCUGCCGUACAUUCCCCGACCGAAAAUGAAAGUGGCAGUUUUGGGAGAUGCUGCGCAUAAUGCACAGGCAGCAGCCCUUGGCAUAGACUUUUACGACCUCGAGAAGCUCAAGCAGUUCAACAAACAGAAGAAACCGAUCAAAAAGUUUGCCAAGUCCUAUGACGCCUUUCUGGCGAGUGAGUCUGUAAUACGUCAGAUUCCAAGGGUUCUGGGGCCUGGAUUGAACAAGGCAGGCAAGUUUCCGACUCUCAUCGCCUCAAAUGAAACUGUAGAGGCGAAGGUUAAUGAGGUGAAAGCCACGAUCAAGUUCCAGCUGAAGAAAGUUCUCUGCCUCGCGGUGGCUGUGGGUAACGUCCAAAUGACAGAGGAUGAACUUGUCGCCAACAUUACACUGGCAAUCAACUUUUUAAUCUCUCUUCUUAAGAAGCAGUGGCAGAACAUCAAGUCUAUUCACGUGAAGACCUCCAUGGGCAAACCACAUCGGUUGUACUAG